AUUCAACUUUCAAGUAAAUAUUGUAUGUAUACUUUUGAAACGCUUGUAAUUAGUGUAAAGAAAACAUUUUAGACACGUUUUAGACUUCGUCGUCGGGAUGGAGUGGCAGCCAGAUGAGCAGGGACUCCAGCAGGUCCUCCAGCUGCUCAAGGACUCACAAUCGCCUAACACAGUCACACAAAGAGCUGUCCAACAAAAACUUGAACAACUCAAUCAAUUUCCUGACUUCAACAACUAUCUCAUCUUUGUCCUCACACGACUCAAAACUGAAGAUGAGCCGACUCGCUCUCUGAGUGGUCUCAUACUAAAGAACAAUGUUAAAGCCCACUACCAGAACUUCCCCCCAACUGUGGCUGACUUCAUCAAACAGGAAUGUCUCAACAACAUCGGUGACCCCUCACCGCUCAUCCGUGCCACUAUUGGCAUCCUUAUUACAACUAUUGCCUCCAAAGGAGAGCUACAGACAUGGCCUGAGCUGCUGCCUCAGCUCUGCAACUUGCUUAAUUCUGAGGAUUACAACACCUGCGAGGGCUCGUUUGGAGCGCUGCAGAAGAUCUGUGAGGACUCGUCGGAGCUGUUGGACAGUGAUGCUCUGAACAGACCGCUCAACAUUAUGAUACCUAAAUUCCUUCAGUUCUUCAAGCACUGCAGCCCCAAGAUUAGGUCACAUGCCAUAGCCUGUGUGAACCAGUUCAUCAUUGGCAGAGCCCAGGCCCUUAUGGACAACAUUGACACAUUUAUAGAGAGUCUGUUUGCGCUGGCAGCAGAUGAGGACUCUGAGGUUAGAAAGAAUGUGUGCCGAGCUCUGGUCAUGUUAUUGGAGGUCCGCAUUGACCGGCUCAUCCCUCAUAUGCACAGUAUAAUCCAGUACAUGCUGCAACGGACCCAGGAUCCAGAUGAGAAUGUGGCUCUGGAGGCCUGUGAGUUUUGGUUGACUCUGGCUGAACAACCCAUUUGUAAGGAGAUGCUGUCUGGACAUCUGGUGCAGCUAAUACCAAUCUUGGUAAAUGGGAUGAAAUAUUCAGAGAUAGACAUCAUACUACUGAAGGGUGAUGUGGAGGAAGAUGAAGCCGUACCAGACAGCGAUCAGGACAUCAAACCCCGUUUCCACAAGUCACGCACUGUCACCUUACAGCAUGAAGGAGGGGAAGGAGAGGAAGAUGAGGACAUUGAAGAAGAUGAUGACGAUGAUGAUGACACACUGUCCGACUGGAACCUAAGAAAGUGUUCAGCUGCAGCUCUGGACGUCCUGGCCAAUGUGUUCCGUGAUGAGCUACUGCCCCACCUCCUGCCCCUCCUGAAAGGCCUCCUCUUCCACCCAGACUGGGUCAUCAAGGAGUCCGGCAUCCUGGUGCUGGGGGCUAUUGCUGAGGGAUGCAUGCAGGGCAUGGUACCCUACCUGCCAGAGCUGAUCCCCCACCUCAUCCAGUGUCUGUGUGACAAAAAGGCCCUGGUGCGCUCCAUUGCUUGCUGGACUCUGAGUCGCUAUGCACAUUGGGUGGUGUCGCAGCCCCCUGACUCCUACCUCAAACCCCUCAUGACAGAGCUUCUGAAACGUAUUCUGGAUGGCAACAAGCGAGUCCAAGAGGCUGCAUGCAGUGCGUUUGCCACACUGGAGGAAGAGGCGUGUACAGAGUUGGUACCCUACCUGAGCUUCAUCCUGGACACAUUGGUCUUUGCUUUUGGGAAGUACCAGCACAAAAAUCUCCUCAUCCUCUACGAUGCCAUAGGAACCCUGGCAGACUCAGUAGGCCACCACCUUAAUCAGCCUGAGUACAUUCAGAAAUUGAUGCCUCCACUUAUUGCCAAGUGGAAUGAGCUGAAGGAUGAGGAUAAGGAUCUUUUCCCACUUUUGGAGUGUUUAUCUUCAGUAGCCACAGCACUGCAGAGUGGGUUUCUUCCUUACUGCGAGCCAGUCUAUCAGCGCUGUGUUACACUAGUCCAGAAAACACUAGCUCAGGCAAUGAUGUACAACCAGCAUCCGGACCAGUAUGAGGCUCCUGACAAGGACUUUAUGAUUGUGGCUCUGGAUCUGCUGAGUGGAUUAGCUGAGGGUCUGGGGGGUCAUGUGGAGCAGCUAGUGGCUCGCUCCAACAUCAUGACACUGCUUUUCCAGUGCAUGCAGGAUACUAUGCCUGAGGUGAGACAGAGUUCCUUUGCUCUCCUGGGUGACUUAACAAAAGCCUGCUUCCCCCAUGUUAAACCUUGCAUUGCUGAGUUCAUGCCCAUCUUGGGGCUCAACCUGAACCCAGAGUUUAUCUCUGUGUGUAACAACGCCACCUGGGCCAUUGGAGAAAUCUCCAUGCAGAUGGGUGCAGAGAUGCAACCGUACGUGGGCAUGGUCUUGCCACACCUGGUGGAGAUCAUAAAUAGACCCAAUACACCCAAGACUCUGUUGGAAAACACAGCCAUUACGAUCGGCAGACUGGGGUACGUCUGUCCCCAGGAAGUGGCACCACAACUACAGAAUUUUAUUAGACCGUGGUGCACGUCUUUGAGGAAUAUCAGAGAUAACGAGGAGAAGGACUCAGCCUUCCGUGGAAUUUGUGUUAUGAUCGGUGUCAAUCCAGCUGGAGUGGUGCAGGACUUCAUUUUCUUCUGUGACGCUGUAGCUUCCUGGGUCAACCCCAAAGAUGACCUGAGAGACAUGUUUUAUAAGAUCCUGCAUGGCUUCAAGGACCAGGUUGGAGAGGAGAACUGGCAGCAGUUCUCUGAGCAGUUUCCUCCUUUGUUGAAGGAGCGCCUGUCGGCCUGCUAUGGCGUCUAACCUAAACCUCCCCUUGGUCCACACAGGACACGGCCUGGUAGGUAAAUGGAGGGGAGGGUUACUGGGGAACUCAUUGCACUGCCCAGAUCAUGGGGAGAAACAUGAGCUGAAGGGAUGGAACUGGCCUUGACCGUCCACUCAGCGGAUGUCCCACUUCUUCCCUCCCCCUGCACCCUGUGUGUCUCUGUGAGGGAGGGUGGGAGGAGGGUGGUGGGUGUGGGUGGGUAAACUGGGGAUAUACAUAUACCUCUCGGAUUAAAUGCCUCACUAAAUCCAACACACUCAAAAGUGACUUUCGCCAACAGCACCGCAGGGAUCUUAAGUAGGUGAGGGCAAAAAAGGGGCUGGUUUUGACCUUCCCCCUCCUUGAUUCGACUAUUCUGUUGCAAGAGAUGACAGUGGGGAGGGGGGUGGCGGAUGGGUACAUAAAAAGGAAUUAUCUGAACCAGCAAUAGGGUGCCACAGUCCCAAAUGCUUUCAGUAGAAGGACGCAUCGUAUAGAUGUGUUGCACAGGCUCGUGUGGCUUUAAUAGAACUGGCUAAAUGAAACACAAGUCGCUUUUACAUCGUAAUAAUGCAGGAGAUGCGCACCCUUUUUUUUCUUUUUUGCACCCUUUGACAGCAAAAAUUACAUUUGGUGUGCACAUUCAUGGGUCGUAUUCUCUUUUCACAUGUACAUUUAGCUGAAUUUAAUUUUGCACCUCUUCCCUUGGUUGCCGAAUCCCUCUUGAGUCAUAGGUCUGUUAACCCUCGCAAGUUAUUGCAUGGCAUAUGAUCACCUCUUAAGUAACGCAUGUUUGAGUGAAUGUCAGUUGCAAGUUGAUAUAUUUCAUUAUUGUCAGUAUAUGGAGGCUGCCAUAAGUUAAAGCUGUCAAGUGCUUGGUUCUUUUGUCCUCCCAUUUAUUCAUAGUGGAAACGAUGUCCCUAUAGUUUAACGGAGGUUGUGCAGACCAACUCGACAUAGAAUAAUAGAGCGUCUGAUCAUUCACUGCGACAAGAUUUCAAAUACUGUAGGCAAGUGGAGAAUCCUUUUGCUGCUGCUGCUUCCUUUUUUUUUUUUAAGAGUAUUUACAAAAUGGACUUAAUGAGAGCGAUAAGACAUCACCAAGAAUGAAUUGGUUCUUACUGAUAUAAAUGCACUUUUUCUUUUGUAAGAAAUUUAGAAUUUCAAAUGUAAGACGUACAGUAAUAAUAUACUGAUCUUGAGAUAUAGUUUUUUGAUAAGCGAUUUUAGGACUGUUAAUGGCUUGCUAACGUAAGCCUUAUGUUGAUAUUGUUAAGCAAUGGUAAAAAUGACUAGGUAAGACUUGAGGCCUCUUUAACAUAGUUAGUUUUAUAAUGUAGCUCCUUCUACAAUUGAAUAAAUAGGAUUUAAGAGGACGGAGACAUCUUAUUUACAGUAUUUUGGAUCAUGUGCAUCCGUCAGUCCAUAUCUGUGUUUGAGGAUGUCCCCAUCUUUCUCACAAGCUUUUUGUUCAGCCAUCAGGGCUUCUCCUCGUCAUAAACGUUGCAUGCUUUCCAUUGAUUAUUGCUUCUUUAUUAUUAUUAUUAUUUUUUUUAAAGUCAUUUUAUAGCAGGUUCCAGUGUUGGGAUCUUGCUUUAUAAGAGCUUUGUCAAUGGCAAUGCAACUCACUGCUGGACUAAUAAGGUACUAUUCCAGCUUCUGAUCAGACUAGUGAUUGCUGUUGCCAUAUAUUCACCCGGUGAUACUGUGUAGGAUAUGCCACGGAUUAAAGCAGAGUCCUGAUUGCUCUCCCCUCGGACGCUGGUCAGCUGGUUUUCAGAGAGCGGUGGUGUUUAUCCAGCUUUAUCUCUAUGUCAUUGUCCAUAGUGGAUGGUUGUAAUGGAAGUACAUAUGGCUUUUUGCCUAUUAGUGUUUUAAUAUAGAAGUAAUAAAGGUGCUGCUUAGAUGUAAUUCAGCACCAGACCCACUCUGAAGUUUUGUCAGGAGCGUUGUUUUGAGUUCGAGGCCACUGGGAGUAUCAACAUCUGCCCCAUAGUCCUAAAAAUUAGCUGCCUGUUAAAGCAUCUGCCCACCUGAUGAAUAUGCAUUUUUUUGUUUGUUUAAGAAUAAGCAUUAAUACACAAUUGUUUGUUUCUCCAUAAACUUCUGUGAUUCAUAGAUUUUCUUUCAUUUUACCUGUGAUAUUGAUGCAACAGUGGCUCUCACCCGUUCCUCAAAGCCGCUCCACUCACAGUAUCCUUUUUAUUUGGCAGACGAGCAUUGACAGGAGGUAGCGAAUCACUGAUCACAGGUUGGACAAAUGUGCUUGGAACAGUACAUGUCUCAGAAAGAUGCAGCUCCUGUGCCACAAAGAUUGGGUAAAGAGUUGAGUUUGUACCAGUCUGCGCCAUGCUGUGAUACACUAUGCUACAAAAGUGAAUUUAAAUGCAACUUGUCCACAACUUUUUAUUUUAUUUUUAUUUUAUUUUAUUUUUUUAAAAGUUUUUUUUAAUUUUGUUUUUAAUGCUUGUGACAUUUUUAUUUAUUUAAUUUUGUUUUUUCUUCAUUUGUUUAUGUUUUGU